GCUUCAAUUCCAAUUCCCAAAAUGGAUUUCCCCACAAAACCAUCCCUUUUGUUCUCCUCUGCUCUGCUUUUCCUCACAACCCUUGCCUCCUUCUCCUCUCUAGCCACAGCUGUGGACUACACAUCCUUGGUUUACAAGGGCUGUGCUAAUCAAAAAUUCCAAGACUCAACUGGGAUAUACUCCCAAAACCUCCAAUCUCUAUUCAACUCUCUAGUCUCUUCAGCCCAGCAGAAAAAGACCUUCUUCACCACCACCUCCGGUGACUCCCCAAAUGCAAUCACAGGUCUCUACCAGUGCAGAGGAGACCUCUCCACAGCUGAUUGCUCCACCUGUGUCACAAAGCUUCCAUCUUUAACCCAAAAACUCUGUGGAGAAGUCAUAGCAGCUAGAGUCCAGCUCAGUGGGUGCUACUUGCGUUAUGAAAUUUCUGGGUUGAAGCAGGUUUCAGGCACACAGCUGCUCUACAAGAUUUGCAAUAAGGCUAGUGGGUCUAGUGAUUUUCAAGAGAAAAGGGACUCUGCUUUUGAGAAACUGGAGAGUGGGAUCAAGAAUGGUAGUGUGUUGUUCUAUACUGGGAGCUAUGAGUCUGUUUAUGUUUUAGGCCAGUGUGAGGGAGAUUUGGGCAGCAGUGAUUGUGUUGAUUGUGUCAAAAGUGCUUCUGAAAAAGCUGGUUCAGAGUGUGGUGAUGCAGUUUCUGGGCAGAUUUAUCAGCACAAGUGCUAUAUCAGCUACAGCUACUAUGCUAAAGGUGUCCCAAACUUAACUUCUUCUUCAGGGACUGUAGGGUCUAACCAUCACACAACACAGAAGACAGUGGCCAUUGUUGUGGGAGGUGUUGCAGCUGUGGGGUUUGUAUGUGUAUGCCUGAUGUUUAUCAGGUCCUUGAUCAAGAAGCGUAGUGCCAACAAAUAUGGAGACUACUACUGA